AUACCUAACUAGUUUAUAGCGGGCUUCCACAAGUACUCGUUGAUAGAAGUCGGCAGUCAGCUUGUCAUUCAACAAUAUUGGCUUGGCAGGACCACACGGCUGGAGAUAUAGCAAAAUGGCACCUAAAUACAAAACGGAAAAAGUUGGCAUUAUUGGAAGUGGUUUGAUUGGGCGAUCAUGGGCAAUGCUGUUUGCCUCAGUAGGCUACCAGGUGACGAUCUUCGACAUUGUGCCGAAGCAGGUGACCGAUGCCGUGGAGGACAUCAAACAACAGUUAAAGACCCUGGAGAAAGACGGUUUGUUGAGGGGACAACUGAAUGCUGAUGAACAGUUCAAGUGUGUCAAAGGAUCUUCAGAUCUGGCUACUGCCGUCAAGGGCGCUGUUUUCGUCCAAGAAUGCGUCCCAGAAAGCCUCGACCUCAAGAAGAGAGUUUUCCAAGAUUUGGACAAAGUGGUGGACGACAGAACUAUCCUGUCCAGUUCGACUAGCACCACUUUACCGUCCUUGUUUUCUGAUGGCUUGAAGCACAAAUCACAGGUGAUAGUUUCACACCCAGUGAAUCCCCCCUACUACGUGCCUUUAGUGGAGAUAGUGCCUGCGCCAUGGACCAAGCCAGAGGUGGCUGUCAAGACCAGGGAAAUCAUGCUGGAGAUUGGCCAAGAACCAGUGUCCCUUACCAAAGAAAUUGACGGAUUUGUUCUUAACCGGAUUCAGUAUGCGAUAUUGAAUGAAGUUUGGCGCCUUGUAGACGCCAAGAUCGUGAACGUGCAGGACAUCGAUAAGGUUAUUUCGGAGGGUUUGGGCAUGCGGUACGCUUUCCUAGGGUCACUGGAGACCGCCCAUUUGAACGCUGAAGGCAUGAAGAGCUAUAUUGAAAGGUACGGUGAGACAAUUUACAGCGUGAGCAAAACCAUGGGUGAAAUACCACGAAUGACGCAAAGUACAAGCGCGGGCACUAUCUGCCAACAAUUGAAUCAAAUGGUUCCUCUCGACCGGUUGCAGGAGAGGCGCGCCUGGCGAGAUGCUUGUCUCACCCGCUUGGCCAUGCUCAAGAAGGAGAUGAACCAAAAAAAGACAAACUAUUGAAUAUUACAUUAUGUUCCUAUUUAUAUAAUUUCAGUAAUCAAACGAAAUAAAUAUAUUUGAUAUUUUUA